GAGCUGGAUGGUGGGGGAGGGACUGGAGCAAGAGCGCUCCUUAUUGGCGGAGCGUGGAUCUCUCCCUGCGUGGAUUGACCGAGCUCGGGUCAAAUUACACCAUUUGCCGUGUCUGCUUUAGUUUGUUUUUCUCUCAGCCACUGAGAAGUUGGAGCGACGCGCGCUAUAUUUACACCCCGCUUUUGGGAUUACUGUUUAUGGAUACGCAUUAUUAAAGCAUUCAGAUGAGGUGGCCCCCAGGACCGAGUCUAGAGAGUCCCUAAAACAGACGCUUAGAUGAGACGAACGGAGCCAAAAACUGGAUUUAAAGCGAUAAGGGAGCUUAAAAUAAGAGGAAUAAUACAUACUGGGUCUUUUUUUAUAAUGGAUUACCGGAGGAAAUGACAUUCAGUCGGAUUGAUCUGUUCAUGGGCUCAAGGUAGCAUCUCCACUAGUGUGAAACAGGAAGUGUCGUCUGUGAGCAGCCAUGGGCCACAGAGCUGCGCUUCUGCUCAGUGAGCUGCUGCUGAUGCUAACAGCUUCACAUACCCUCCUCGCAGUUAGCUUCCCUGAGGACAUUGCACCCCUGGAUGUCGUUGAUGCACACUUUUCACGGCGGUACCCUGUGUUUAGAGGCAGGCCCUCUGGUAAUGAGUCGCAGCAUCGACUCGACUUUCAGCUGAUGACCAAGAUACAAGACACGCUCUUCAUCGCUGGAAGAGACCAGGUGUACCUUGUAAGUUUGAGGGAAUCCUACAGGAAUGAGAUCAUCCCUUACCGGAAGCUGACAUGGAGAUCAGGCCAAGCUGACAGAGAGAUGUGCGCCGUCAAGGGGAAACACAGAGAUGAGUGCCAUAACUUCAUCAAAGUGCUGGUUCCCAGAAAUGACGAUCUGGUCUUCAUCUGUGGCACCAAUGGCUUUAACCCCAUGUGCAGAUACUACAGGCUGGAUAACCUCGAGUUUGAUGGAGAGGAGAUCAAUGGACUGGCACGGUGCCCAUUUGACUCCAAGCAAACCAACGUUGCCCUUUUUGCCGAGGGGAAACUUUAUUCUGCUACAGUGGCUGACUUUCAGGCCAGCGAUUCUGUCAUUUAUCGCAGUAUGGGUGAUGGAUCAGCCUUGAGGACCAUAAAAUACGACUCCAAGUGGCUCAAAGAACCUCAUUUCCUGCACGCAGCUGAGUAUGGGAAUUAUGUGUACUUUUUCUACCGAGAGAUUGCAGUGGAGCACAGCAAUCUGGGCAAGGUCGUAUACUCUCGCGUGGCCCGGAUCUGCAAGAAUGACGUUGGUGGGUCACAGCGCGUUUUAGAGAAACAUUGGACUUCUUUUGUGAAGGCCAGACUGAACUGCUCAGUGCCGGGGGACUCCUUCUUCUACUUUGACGUGCUCCAAUCCAUCACUGACAUCAUCAACAUCAACGGCGUCCCGUCCGUAGUGGGUGUGUUCACCACACAGAUGAACAGUAUUCCAGGAUCAGCAGUGUGUGCUUUCUCCAUGGCUGACAUUGAGAAAGUCUUCCAUGGUCGAUUUAAAGAGCAGAAGACAGCUGACUCCAUAUGGACACCAUUUCCAGAGGAGAAACUACCCAAACCUCGACCCGGGUGCUGUGCAGGUCAUGGUCCAGCUGCAUCCUUUAAGAGCUCCAUCGAAUUCCCUGAUGAGACCCUGCAGUUCAUUAAGUCCCACCCUCUUAUGGACACAGCUGUGCCUUCCAUCGGGGACGAGCCUUGGUACACCAAGACACGUGUCAGGUACAGGCUGACUGCUUUGGCUGUGGACAAUGAAGCAGGGCCCCACAAGAACUACACAGUGGUUUUCAUCGGCUCUGAGUCAGGAGUAGUCCUCAAGGUUUUGGCAAAGACCUCGUCCAUGUUCCUGAACGAUAGUCUGCUUCUGGAGGAGAUAGACAUCUUCAACAAGGCCAAGUGCUUGUCUAACCACGAAGAUGAUAAGCGUGUCCUCUCGCUGCACGUGGAUCAAGACACACACAGCCUCUAUGUUGCCUUUUCAAGUUGCGUCAUCCGCAUUCCCCUGAGCCGCUGUGAGAGGCAUUCUUCCUGCCACAAGUCUUGUAUUGCAUCACGAGAUCCUUAUUGUGGCUGGAGACCUCAUGGAGCCUGUGAGAGAAUACAGACUAGUGAUUUAACGAGCUAUGAGCAGGACAUUGAAAUAGGAAACACUGCCCACUUGGGAGACUGUCAGGCAUUUUUGGGCACUACAUCAGCGCCAGAUUACAAAUCAUUUGGCGACCCUACCUCUGACAUGGAGUUUUCAUCAGCGCCAGUCACUGUACUGCCCAGUGGGCCCAUACCCCCCCCAGUACUCAUUCCCACUCAGAGCCCCAGCUCUGGGCCGGGUCCAGAGCUCUACGGCUCAGGCUUUGUGCUGCAGGAUGACCCAGCCACCUCUCAUUCAUUAGACUCUAUCCCAGGGGGCCAAGAGGGUGUGUGGGAUAUCCAAGCAAGCGAAACCAGCCAGAUGGUCCACAUGAACAUCCUCAUCACGUGUGUAUUUGGUGCUUUUCUCAUGGGUGCCCUGCUAGCUGGUCUGAUUGUCUUCUGCAAUCGAGAAUCAUUCCUCCGCAAGCAAAGACGCAUCCAUAAGGAUGCAGAAUCUGCUCCGUCCUGCUCAGGCUCUGCUGGAAGCUUUGUCAAGCUCAACGGCCUCUUUGACAGCCCUGUAAAGGAGUACCAGACCAACGGGGACUCCCCUAAGCUGUACACCACCAACCUGCUGAGUAAAGACCUGAACCCACCCAAUGGUGACACUAAGACCAUGAUCCUGCGGGAUAGUUGUGCACCCCCUGAAUUGGCUGCGCUGCCAACACCAGAGUCUACUCCGGUUCUUCAGCAGAAAGGCCUGCAGCCCAUCAAAAACCAGUGGGAUAGGGAUCACAGGAAGAUCAGCGGUCCCCGCAAAGAAUCCAACUCAACAGCCAAGAGUCCUCAGCUUCUUCUUUCUUCACCUGGUCCUCCCAAAUCCAACUCCCACCAUCCUCACCUUGCCUUAGGACAUUCACACAUCCCCAGUGCUGUGGUUCUGCCCAAUGCCACACACGACCACUCGAAUCUCGACAGCGGAGAUGACACCCUGCCACAUCCGUCUGAAAAGAAGCCCAAGAAUUCAGAUGGUAAAGGAAGUAGAAAAGACCAGAAGCGGUCUGUGGAUGCGAGAAAUACACUAAAUGACCUUUUAAAACAUCUCAAUGACUCUGUGGCCAACCCCAAGGCCAUUUUUCAUGAUGGAACAGGGCCCCGCCCAAGGCAACACCUGACACUGGAACCCAUGGAGGAAUUGACAGAGCUACCCCCAAAGGUGCCCAGUCGCGAAGCCUCUUUGUACUCUCCUUCCUCCUCCCUGCCAAGACACAGCCCCACUAAGCGGGUGGAUGUCCCCUUGUCCACCACUCCCACCACACCAACGAGCAGCCUAAGCAUGGGGGGCACCCUGGAGAGACCAAGAGGGGGCUACCAGCUCCAGCGGAGUGCCUCACACAGGCACUCUUUAUCCACCAAUGGGGUGACUAUGGGGGUAUCUGUGUCUCGCCAGCACAGUAUGAACAGAGUGGGGUACAUGCCCCCAACACCCCCUUCCAGACUUGACUCCCAUAGUGGAAUGAUGGGGGCGGGAAUGCACUCAGCCAACCCUCCCUCUUUAUCCCGACAAAGCAGCUACAGUGGGCACGGCUCACUCCCUCGCACAGGACUUAAAAGGACUCCAUCGCUAAAGCCAGAUGUGCCCCCAAAACCUAAUGGCUUUUCACCACAGACUUCACAGAUGAGAGUGGUCAAUAAGUACAGCUAUUAGAAGAACAAUUUGCUGUGAGCUCUUUGCCUUGACAGUAUAGCCUUGAGCCCUGACGGCUUGGCUACAGAUUGGGUUGACCACAGCGUGCGUUGUGCAUCAACUUGAGGUGUGUUCCCCUUUAAAUGAUAUGCAUAUUGACUCACACUUCAGUGAAAAGGGAAAAUCACAUGUGCGGCCAAAGAUACUCCUCUGAUGUUUUUCAUUCUCUUGAUUUCCAUCCUGCUUGUCAUGAAUAUGAACAGUGGACAGCGGUACAUCUGGGCCAGCUGAAGCCACCACAGUGUGUCUGUCAGUGCAUGAGGUACCAGGUUAGAAACGAUGGAAUACUUGAAGAAUGAGUCUCAUUUUUCACUGCCUUUGAGCACUGUCUUCCCACUAAUGUGAACUGAACAGAGAGGUAGCCAUGCUUUUGUUAGUAUGCUGGUGCUGGUAGAGGAGAGAAAACCUGAUAUCUAUUAGGUUAAGAUACAAGAAAGACAACGAUGGAAAGCGUACAGAUGUGUACAAAUGAUUAAGUGUGUUUUGACUGUGUGUGUGCAGCUGUUGGCUGUUCGAAAAGGGGAGUUGUGUAAAGGCAAAACAUAUGUUAAGUCUUUGCACUACAGAGUGGCGCCAUGCAGACAUUGCACCUUAAAAUCCAUCUAAGACCCCAGUCACUGUCUCUAGUUGAAUUUGUCACUUUUGUCUGUGUAGGGGCUGAUUUUAAGCAUGGCCUAAAUCAUUUGCUUUUGGAGUGUUUCAAGGUGAUAUGGUUAGGCUACUUUUAAGUUGGUCACACUGGUUUAUAUACUGGGACAAGGACUCUUAACUCACUGGGAAAUAUUUCUCAAAAUCUCACUGGGAAAUAUUUCUCAAAACAUGCGCUGCUAUUGGUUUUAGACACAGCUGUUUGAUGCAUUUUGUUGGAUGACCCUAACAUGGGUAUGCACAUCUUGUUUUUGUAUGCAAACAGUAGCCAACAGGUACAGUUUCCACAACCAAACACACUGCUAAGACCGGUAAAUUACCUAAAUUCUAACCUCUGCUAUCCUUUUUGGAAUCAUAAUGGUGGCUUCAUGUAGCAAAAAAUGCAUAGUUGUCAUUCAACAAGGAAUUUAUUAAAUUAACUCUGGACUCUGUGUCAAUUCCCCAACAAUGACACUUCAUUACAUUUUCUCUGACAACCAUUAUAUCGGUUAAAAUGUCUGACCAUACAUGGCUGGAGGAGCUUGUGUGUACUUUCUGUAUUGGUUUUAAAGCCCAAGUUCCCAUUAAAUCUUUCCUGUGAGUGGUCAGUGUACAAUCAACACAAUAUUUACCAAUGUGUCCAAAUGAGUCAUGCUGGAAAUGACAAGUUAGUGUAUAUAUUAAAUACUAUGAGGAGUAAACAUAUUUUUUGGCGAGUGAACAUGAAUCUGUGCAUCGUGUGCCUUAUUCUCAAAAUUAUCUACCACAGUAUAUAAUAUUGGCAAUGUCAUUGGUUCUUGGUAUUUUAUUGUCAUUUACUAUAUAAAAAAAUGUUAUUGGCCAAAAAGUGUUUAAAAUUAAUUACCUAAUCAUAAUGGAAGUGAUGAGAAAAAAAACAAGUGACACACAUUCCACUUGUAAAUGACAAUAGUACACAAAAAAUGUUUUUUUUUAAAUGGGCAUAGCUAGUGUUGACAAGAAUGGUGUUGAUCUACCGCAUUGACGUGCCAUACAGCGAAUGUAUUUUUUGACAGUGGGAUGUAGGCUGUUUCGACCGUGCACUGUGGACCAGUCGGCUCAAUGCAGCACAUCCUGCCCACAGCCAAUGUAUUAACACAGCGCUCACACGAAGGGCAUCUUUUGCAACUUUGUUGAGGUUAGAAUUUCCAACUCCCCGCAAUUACAGUGGCAGAAAUCCGUUUUUAUUGGCCAGUAGGGACGAAUUGAGGGAUGAUUUCACUUUGCAGUGCAUUUGGGUGACACCUGCAAUUUUGUCUUGAGUGUCAGCUGCCUGUUCACCCCAAAGCCACAUUUUGUUUACGAGCAAUGAUUGUAUGUAAAGACUUCAAGCAGUAUUUGGGCUUUAUUUUGUGGGUGACAUACAUCAACAUACACAUUCAACAUACACUGCUUAACUGCCUUGUACAUUGCAAUAUGAAGUGUCAGUUUUCAGUUGCAAUCUAAAUUGAAGCCUUUAAAAUUCAGUUUAAGCUCUUACAUGCAGAAAAGCAGGUUUUGGUCAUGUUGUUUUGGUUUAAAUACUGUGCAACGCAGCGAUGCAAGGCCAGCUGUAUACUAGUAUAUACGAUCUCCAGAGUAUUUGAGCGUGUAGAUAAUGUUGUAAAGAUGUACUGUGAAAGUGUAAAUAAUGAUGCUCUUUGUUUCCUAAUUUUUGUUGAUUUUUUUUUUUUAACACGGCAUGUAUAGUUGAAAUUAAACAUUACGGCACAGAAAACAUUUGUAAAUCAUUUUCUAAUCAUGAAUGUUUUUUUUAGGUAUAAUAUCUUAAGUUUGAGUACAAAAUGACCUUAGCAGGGUUGGAACAUAAAUGGACUCACGGUAUGGUCUAUUCCAUCUUGAAUGAGCAUUGCCGUACCAAAAACAUCAAGAGUCCUAAAAAUGAUUACGAGCUUCAGUCUAUUUUUAGAGCAGGGUUGUUUUGAAGUUUGGGGCAAGCACAGGCUCAACCACACCAGAAAGCAUGUGGGAAAUUGUCCAAAAUAGAAUGUUCCUGCAGACACCAAACAUCUGGACGAACUACUGCUCAGAGCAAAAGAUCUAAACCACUAAUGAGCUGUGACGGAAUGCAUACACACCAGCACAUGCAUACAUUUAGAUGCAUGCAACAAACAUCCACAAAACAAUACAACAUUAAAGUAUAGAUAAGAUGUAAGACGUCAACAACAAAGGAGAGAAGAAGGGGUUGGGGAAGAUUGAAUGAUAAUCUCAAGUGUUUCAUUGUGAGAAAGUAGGUAGUAAGAGACCAUCACAUGCCCUGCUCGAAACUAUGCUCAAAUAUGCGAUCCUCCUUAUACUGUCAGCUUGAAAGCAUACUCAUUGAUGUAAAUACAUCUUACACAAAGUCCGCUGGUGGGUAUGUGUAUGAAGCAAAAUAUGUUGAGACAUUUUAAAACAAGUUGCGACACGUUUAAAAUGUUUCAAGUAAACUCUAUUGCACAUCAUUAGGAUAUACAGUAUGUACUGUAUAUAAUCUUUCAGGGAAACAUGUAUGAAUCCUAACUCAAAUUAGAGAUUUGAAAUCAAAUUCACAGUAUGGAGUAGGUAGUUUUAAAAUAGUACAGUCUGGUGUAAAAAAGAACCUAUUGGGAUUCUUUUGCCUGGGCACAGCACCUUAAUUUAAUGGUCAUGAAAAAUAUCUUCUGUAUGAAUGGAUACAAAUUCCAGUUCCUUUUAAUAUAUAAUACAUGGCUGAUAGCAUUUUGGAGUGUCAGCCUACUUUUUAUUCCUGUUGCCAUUUACAGCAGAUGAAACAUGAAACGGGAAGUUGUCAAAAAUGACGUAUGGGGUAUGUAUGGUAUGGUAUGGUAUCUCAGAUAUUAUCUCUAAACGAUGAUGCGGCUAACUUAUGGCUAAAAGAAUUAAAGUUGUCAUGAUAUUUAAGAGUGCAGAGUCGGAGUACCAGUAGUCAUUUUUUUAAGUGGACGCUAAUAUCACAUUUUGAAGUCUUACGCAGUGUCACAACACGAGCCGUAGCAGAAACACCAUGGGUUCUACGCAUGUGCAGAAUGCAUCUACAUCCGGUCUGCCGAAUUUUGGGCAGUCAGGUACUGUACACUGUACGUCAUCCACCCCCACUCUCACAAAACAUUAAGAUUGGAGAAAUUACAGCAUAAUCUUUUUUUGCAUUGCACAGGUUUUUCCGUAGAGUCACUCGAAUAAAGACGAUAGAAACAUCUGCAUGCUAGCAAAGUUUUUAAUAAGAGUAACUAAGAAGAAAACCCCCAAUAUAUUACAUAUAUGAAGUAUGGUUAUUGACCAUUUAUGUUCAUUAAAAAAAAGUACCAUAGCAUGUGAUGUCGCAGAAGUGCUGUGGUAAAAAUUUGCAAAUGGAGGAAGUGACGUAGAUCUUGCACUAUGCAGAGCCACCCGUGUUUCUGGUACGGGUCGUGUAGUUGGCAUGUAGCAAUUGUGUUUUGAGCUGACAAAUCUUAGGUGCUCAUGACACCAAAAAACUUUGAAAACAAGAACAAAACAAUAAAUAAAAAGUAUUACAUUUUUUUUUAAUCAUACUGCUGUCAUAGAUAGACAACUAUAAAAUACGAGUCAAAUGAAGUUGUGAUGUUAAUAACAUUCCCAGAUACUGUGUUGUGAUGAGUAUGAUAUAACACACACAAAAAAAUAUGCCACAAGUAGGUGUUUUUGACUGUCAGUAAGUGACUGUCAGCUCUAUGCACACUGCACAAUGCAAGACUAGCGAGCAGCGAUCACUGAUUAUCUAGCCCUGGCAUGAAACCCCAUAUUAUUCUAAGAUUCGUAGAAUAGAUGGAUUUACUUCUUGAAACUGACAGACCGACUGCAAGAUAGGCUAAAAAGACAGUGAUCCAUGUUUAGCCAGCAAUUCACGCCGAGAACACUUUCCGGCUGACAACCAGGUUCAAACAAACACAGCCAUAAACGCAAAGCAAAGCAAAAGCUAAAGUGACAUAUUCACAACAAUAACACAAUAAAAACAUUCACUGACAUUGUGUUGUGAUGAGUAUAUGUUUUACUGACAGUGAUAGCCACUGACAGCUCUGUGCACACUGCACAGAGCUCAGGACAAGUGACAGCCAUUGUUGGUGACGACCCUUUAAAUUUAUUGUUGCACGCUACAACAGAUACCACAUUGGUCAUAACCAAGCUAGUUACAAAUCAACACUGUCUUAGGCCAGCACAAGGCUGGCUACUACAGAGAAUAUUGAUCGAAAAAAUGUGAAUGGACUUACUGCCACCUUGGCACGCUUUUCCACGGUCAAACGUCUUGUGGGUUUUUGACUUUUUAUUUCAAGGUACUUUGUAUCCUCAAGUAUUUUAGUAAAAGCCUUCAACACAACGAGUGGGCAUAAUAUAAAAAUAUAUAUAACAGAAAUUCAGAACAUGAGGGAAAGCAUUGGAGUGAAUGGUAACCACUGGGUGGGAAUUUCUCUUGUAACGUCACUUGCUCCUCCUUCUCCAGUCUUGUAAGAAGUGAUGAAAACAGUAAAAAAAAAAAAAAAAGGUAAAUAGAUUUCUAACAUAGGAAAUAUGCCUUUCAAUGUUAUUGAAAAUAAGAUGAACAUGUUUUGGUGUAAUGGGCACUUUAAGUAAAUUUGAUCAAGUGUAGAAUUACUACAGCUAACGACCAGAGCUAACGAGUGAUGCCCUGAACAUCAGUGUGGGUAGGAAGGCAACGUGUAAGGUGUGUAAAUAUCCCAGCCUAUAUACAGUCAUCGAAAAAAUGAUUAGACCACCCUUGUUUCUUCAGUUUCUCGUUCAUUUUAAAGCUUGAUACAGCUUAAGGUACCUUUGUUUGGACAAAUAUAAUAAUGACAACAAAAAUAGCUUAUAAGAGUCUAAUUUUUUGGCAGUACAAUGCUAUAUAUCUAUUCAUGUAAAAACUUAAGUGAUUUUUGUUAUCACAAAAAUCAUGGACGUUGCUAAACAUCAGCUCUUGUAUUCAACUCUGAUGAGCUAUAUUUGUUAUCGUCAUUAUAUGGGCUUCACAUAUCAUUAGAUAAGCAUUAAAUUGGAUCAAUAAACUGAAGAAACAAGGAAAGAAACAUUUUUUUUCCCCUGACUGUAUGUACAAAUCUUUUUUGUCUUCUUAAAUUUGGUGGCAGUAUAGCUUUACUAACCACUCAAAAUGACUCAACACAGCCAUUAAAAAGCUAGCAACACAAGUGACUUUCCAAAGUGUCAGUAUUCAGUGUGAGCACCAUUGUUAUCUCACACUGACUUACCGUAAUCCUCUUGUGUGAAAUUCACCAGAGCUGCACGGGUUGUUCCACUUAGACACCUUGCGCUCCUCCUCCCACAGGUGCUCGAUUGGGUUCAGGUGUAGAGACAUACUUGGCCACUCCAUCACCUUUACCUUCAGCUUCCUCAGCAAGGCACUUGUUAUCUCGGAGGUGCAUUUGGGCUUGUUAUCAUGUUGGACAACUGCAGUUUCUAAUGCUUUGCUUCCGAACAUCACGGUUCAUGUUGGAAUGAAUGUUUCUUUCAAUGAGCCACAGCUCCCUAGUGCCAACAGCACUCAUGCCUCAUCCAUAGGCCCCAAUACCAUGAUGCUGUGACCACCAUGCUUGAUUGUCCGCAAGACACAAUUAUCUUGCUACUCUCUUGUGUUGCAGGCUAUUUCGACAACAACGACUGUGGAGUCAUUUUCAGUAGAUAGUAAAUAUACAGUGGAAAACUGGUUCCAGACCCGACCGUGAUAAGUGAAUUUCCGCAAAGUAGGAUUCCUUAUUUAUAAACCUAAUAUUUUCAUCAAGAACAGAAAACCUGUUUAUGACCUUCUAAAUACAGUUUUUAAAAUUAGAGCGCCCUAGACAUGAAUUAACACUGCUAUUAAGGAUGAAAAUCUCUGCUGAUACGAUUUGAAUCGAGAUACACAGGUUACGAUGGGAUUACGAUUUGAUGCAGUGUACAAACGAUACCCAUUUGAUUCGAUACGAUUCGAUUCUGCUGUUAAUGUUUGUUGAUGUAGACAUUAAUCCUAUAUUAUAAAAUAAAGAUGCCAAUUAUAUGAAAGUGGCAUUCUUACAGUAUUUUCUAAUGUUUAAAAGAGCACAUCAUAUCCCCAAGCAUGCUGUGAGGCACUGACAAAAAUCAAGUCAACAGAAUAACAUGUCAAAUGUUUAUAUUGUUUAGACACAGACCAAAAAGAGACUUGCUGAAUAAACAUUUUUUCUUUGAGCCAUCCCAUACGCAAAAUGUCAUAACAAUCGUGAUAAUAAUACAAUAAUACAAAAAGAAUGUUAUGACAACGUGCAACAUUUCAGACUGAGCAUGAUGUGUUUUUAUUACUCCAGGUAGGCAGCAAAGGUGCAACGUUUCAACAAGAACAAGUUACAAAGCAAAAAAGCUACCAUACUCACCUCUGUUGGUCUGGCUGCUCGAGUUUUGCGCCCUUCUUGUAAAGUACAAAGACGUUUCAAACUUUAGUUUUUUGGGGGGGGGGGUGUUGAAAAUCUUUCGUGGUGAUUAGCUAGGCGAUGGCUAGUAAAUAGCAGUAAGUAGUGGUGACUCGUAAAUAGUUCUAAGCGCGCUAGCUAGCUGGCUAGGAGCUGGCUUGUCACUGCGCAAUGCGUACCCGGAACGCAAUCGGUCCCGCGCAUGCGCAAGGAUUACAUCACUUCCUCCUUUAGCUAAUUUUUACAACAGCGCUUCUGCGACGUCGCGUGCUGUGAUAGAUAUUAUUUUUUAAAUGUAUGAACAUAAAUGGUCAAUAACCAUACUUCAUAUAUGUAAUAUUUUGGGAGGUUAUUUUAAAAGUGACUCUUGUUAAAAUACUUCGUUAGCUUGGGAAUUUUUCUAUCGUCUUAUGACAUCCACCAAGACUAAGCUACGUAAAAACCUACGCAAUGCACGUAGCGCAGACGUAAAUGUUGCGUGUAACAUACAUAAAUAAAUAGAAUAAAACACAUAAAAUGCAGUUACAUUGUAAUACAUGUAUCACAUGUAUUACAAUAUACAUGUAUUACAUUUCAUGUAUCCAUGAAAUAACACCACAAGAGUCACCUUUAAACUCUUAUUAUUCUUUCUUUACAACACAUUGCUCAACUGUAAAGCGCAGGCUACAGGAUCGCUGCAGGUGCACAAGAGGCGGCUGCCGCUUUAACCAUAGCAUGCUGCCGAGCUAAGUGGGGACGAAGAACAAAGUAAGAAGCCAAAAACUUACCACUUACACACGGAAUGGGAGAACUACAAGUAUGUCAUGUCAAACACACCAUGGCUGACUCUGUGCAUUGUGAAGGUAAUGUAAGAUGUCAUGUCUCAUCAAUGUGACAUUACUGACACUUAGUGACCAGAAUACAGCAUAUAACUUGAUUUUCAAUAUUUUCUGACUAAUAAUAGUCCAUAGUCAACCACAAAAAACAGCAGCCAUUUAGUAAUUAAUUAAUUGUCAAAAAACUGUGAUGGGAGGGAGCGAUGUUCAACCCGCAAGGGACGACUGUACUGCUAAACAAGCUGCACACUGACUACCCUGAAGUAUACCCACAUUUCUUUUUUCUAUAGUAUUGUUCACUCGGCAUAUACGGUGUAGUAUACAGGGUGGGCCGAAAGUGCAGAUGAGAAUGUUGAAGGACGACAUUUCGAACGUUUAAGAGAUAACUGUGUUUAAUAAAUCUCAUUGUAAUAAUAAAUAUGAUUAGCUGUAAUAAAAUGACACGAUUUAAAGUCGAUUUUAAAGCUGGGCCAAAAGUAAGCUGACAUUGUAUACUGUAAUAAAAAUGGUUGCUGAAAUGUGAGUGUGUACUCAUUUUUGUGAGAUACUGUACAAUGUGUUUACGACAAAAGUGAACAAAUGCAUGCUGGAUGUGUGAACAGAUGAAAUGUAAUAAUAAACAAACGUGGUCCAGCUUACCUUUUCAACUUCAACAGAAGAGACAGCAGUUGUGGAAUCGAGUGACGUCCACGUGGCAGCCAACAUACUGAAUAAGUAAAUGACCAUAUGUUAGUAAUAUAUUCAGUUCUUUUAUCAAUCAUAAAAAUAUACAGCAGACGUAUGUGCAGAUGUCUUAGUAGUAGAA